AUCCUCUGCAACAAAUGGCUGCGCCCAUGUGAAAAUUCCGGUUGCGUCGAAGACAUAUAAAAUCGUCGCCAGGUUAAAAAUUGUAACAUUCAGCCAUCACCAGAUAAUAUACAUCAACAAUGCGGCCACUAACGGAGGACGAGACCAAAACGUUUUUCGAGAAGCUGUCAAAAUAUAUAGGAGAGAACAUCAGACUGCUGAUUGACAGACCAGAUGGGACCUAUUGUUUCAGACUGCACAAGGACAGGGUCUACUAUGUCAGUGAGCACAUCAUGAAAAGAGCAGCAAAUGUGUCACGUGAAAACCUGGUCAGUAUGGGCACGUGUUUCGGCAAGUUCACCAAGACUGGCAAGUUUCGUCUCCACAUCACCGCACUGGACUUCCUGGCUCCUUAUGCAAAGUACAAGAUUUGGGUGAAACCUGGAGCUGAACAGACCUUCCUGUAUGGGAACCAUGUGCUGAAAUCUGGUUUGGGGAGGAUAACAGAGAGCACUAACCAGUACCAGGGGGUGGUGGUCUAUUCCAUGAGUGAUAUACCACUGGGUUUUGGAGUAGCAGCCAAGUCCACCCAGGAGUGCAGAAGAACAGACCCCAUGUCUAUAGUGUGUUUCCACCAGGCUGAUAUAGGGGAGUAUAUCAGGGGAGAGGACACCCUCACAUAAUGUCACACUGCAACUGGUUAUCAGAUUGGAAAAGAUAGAACUGUAUGCAUGAAAAGCAUUGCCAUUACAUGUACAUGUACAUGUGUAUGUAGUAGGAAUCGUCACGAGCUUUCAUUGGAUGUCCUAUUUGAUACAAGAUUUGUAAAAAGACACAUGAUUGGGCCAUAAUAAGUUGGUUAUUCCCCCGUGUUUUGCUACUCCUUUCACUUCCUAUAUUGGGUAUAAUUUAAAGGGAAACUAGAGAAGUAACAUUCGCAAAGCAAAUGCAUAAUGUUUACCUUCGGACAUGGUCUGCCCUGUUAAUUUUUACUCAAACACA